GCCAUAUAAAGGCAGCGACAGGGGCCCGCCCGCCUGCCCCUGUUGUUGUGCCAUUGGGCCGCGCGGGCACCGGCCUCCCUCCCCCUCCUCCCUCCCCCCUCGUCCCUUUUUGUUCCCCGCCCUGCCGCGUCGACGCCCUUCAGCUCUCCCUUGGACGAGCCGUGCGCGCGCCAGGCAAGCAAGCCUCUCCCUGUCCCGUUACAGCCGCGGCAAACCUCCUCCGCUGCCACCAUGUACCGUUGCUUGGGGGAGCUUCUGGCGCCCGCCCGCGCCGUCGGGGCCGGCUCGUCGGCGCUCUCCGGCGGGGAGCCCUGCGCGGCGGCCCUGCUGGCGGGGAGCGGUCCCGCCGGGGGGAAGAGCGGCGAUAGCUGCAGUCGGCGGCGUUACAGCCAAGCCGUGGAGCGGGAGGACGACCCGAACUUCUUCAAGAUGGUGGAGGGCUUCUUCGACCGCGGCGCCGGCAUCGUGGAGGACAAGCUGGUGGAAGGGCUGCGCACCCGCGAGAGCCCCGAGGAGAAGCGGCACCGCGUCCGCGGGAUCCUGCGCAUCAUCAAGCCCUGCAACCACGUGCUCAGCGUCUCCUUCCCCAUCAAGCGCGACAACGGCGAGUGGGAAGUGAUCGAGGGCUACCGGGCGCAGCACAGCCAGCACCGCACCCCCUGCAAGGGAGGCAUUCGUUACAGCACAGAAGUGAGUGUUGAUGAAGUAAAAGCAUUGGCUUCUCUCAUGACGUAUAAAUGUGCAGUGGUUGAUGUACCGUUUGGUGGUGCAAAGGCUGGUGUUAAGAUCAACCCUAGGAAUUAUACAGAUAAUGAAUUGGAAAAAAUCACAAGACGGUUUACCAUGGAACUAGCAAAAAAGGGUUUUAUUGGGCCAGGUGUUGAUGUUCCAGCUCCUGACAUGAGCACAGGUGAGAGGGAGAUGUCCUGGAUUGCAGACACCUAUGCCAAUACCAUAGGACACUAUGAUAUUAAUGCUCAUGCCUGUGUCACUGGCAAGCCAAUCAGCCAAGGUGGUAUCCAUGGACGUAUCUCUGCCACAGGACGUGGUGUCUUCCAUGGGAUUGAGAACUUCAUUAAUGAAGCAUCAUAUAUGAGUCUCUUGGGAAUGACGCCAGGGUUUGGGGAUAAGACAUUUGCUAUCCAGGGAUUUGGCAAUGUGGGUUUGCAUUCUAUGAGGUAUCUUCAUCGUUAUGGUGCAAAAUGUGUUGCCAUUGGAGAAAAGGAUGGUGCUAUCUGGAAUCCUGAUGGACUUGAUCCAAAGGAACUGGAAGAUUACAAACUGCAACAUGGAUCAAUUCUCACCUACCCAAAGUCACAACCCCUUGACUGCCACAUCCUUGAAGCAGACUGUGACAUCCUCAUCCCAGCUGCCAGUGAAAAACAGCUAACAAAGGCCAAUGCCAGCAAGGUCAAAGCAAAAAUAAUUGCUGAAGGUGCUAAUGGACCGACAACACCUGAAGCAGAUAGAAUCUUCUUGGAACGCAAUAUCAUGGUUAUCCCAGAUCUUUAUUUAAAUGCUGGUGGUGUGACUGUGUCAUAUUUUGAGUGGUUGAAGAACCUGAAUCAUGUCAGUUAUGGACGCUUGACCUUUAAAUAUGAAAGGGACUCAAACUACCACUUGCUAAUGUCAGUCCAGGAAAGCUUGGAGAGAAAAUUUGGAAAACAUGGUGGAUCUAUUCCAGUUGUGCCUACUGCAGAAUUCCAGGAUAGGAUAUCUGGUGCUUCUGAAAAAGACAUUGUCCAUUCUGGCUUGGCCUACACUAUGGAGCGUUCUGCCCGGCAAAUCAUGCGUACUGCCAUGAAGUACAAUCUAGGUCUGGACCUGAGAACAGCUGCCUACGUCAAUGCAAUUGAGAAAGUCUUCAAGGUAUACAAUGAAGCUGGUCUGACCUUCACAUAAAUGAGAAGUCCUCCACAUCUGUCUGGCACCUUGUUGUAUACCCUCUUCAGAAAGCUUAUCACAAGUUUACAUAUAAUCACAGAAAUCCCUCUUUCCUUUUCUCACCUAACUAUAGUGGAUAUGAUUCUCCAUUUGUUUCAGUCAAAUCUAGUCUUUUUUUAUAAUGAAAAAAUAAUAAUCAUGAAUCUAGGGCUUCAUGAAGAAAGAUAACCAGUUCAUCUGCACUUGGUCCAGGGGGUUGUUUCUUGAAAUUUAAAAAGGUACCUUUUACUGUAUGAACCUGUGGUCUUGCCACAAUAAGCAUCCUAGCAAAGCUUCAGAUCACACCUGCUGUGUACUGUUGGAGCAAAUAGCUAACUAUUCAUGCACUUUGGCUUCAAACAAUGUAACUCUUAGCUUUGGCACUUUGAGUAAAGGCCUUGGAUGAUCAAUGCAGUGGCAUUAUCAAAGACAGAAUGGGCCUCCUGCAGGGAAUACUUUGAUAGGAUUCUCAUUUUUACACUUAGCAGAGCCAUAGGCCUGGUUCUCUUUAGGCAAUGUGUUUCUUUUUAUAAUCUGUGCUCCUGUUACAAGACUGCCUUUCAAUUAUGUACUCAACCUCAGCUUAAGCACUUACAAGGUGCAUGGAGGGAUGGGUUGCAGGAGCUAAUAAGCUGAAGCAGUAUCAUUGUACAGACAUCCAAUGGAAUGACCUCUUGUGUGUUAAUCUCAUCUCUGCAUAUCCAAUUAGUGUGUGUGUGUUUUUUUUAAGUACUUGAGCAUAGUCUUAGAUAGUCCAAAGAAUUUAUGUAGCCUCUUGCUCUUCUCAGUUGUUACUUUCUGAGGCUGAUGCCUCAGUGAACAAUUAAAGCAGAAAUCAUUGGCAACAAGGAGCCAGGCUGCUGCUAUAAACAUUAUGUAGUGUCUUAAUACACUGAGACCAGUCACACAAUCAAAAACUCUGUUCUACCCAGGUUUGGGAGCUGUGUGUGCUCCUGAUUUUCAGUUGUGAGAAGCAAGGUAUGAAGAAAACCUGGGUAGCUUUUCCUCCUACCUUUCUUCCACACAAUCGCUUCUACCUAGGUUUUCCUCCUACUUUGUUUCCACUCAACCAUAAAUUGGGAGUGCACACAGCUCCCAAACCCAGGUAGAACACAGUUUUGAUUGCGUGAAUGACUUCACUGACUUUCUGUACCCUUCAUUUGGAGGUUUUGCAUAUUCUGAACAUAAAGAAUUUUAAUAGAGGACCUUGAAGUGGGAUUGGAUUGCACAGUUUGAAAGUUUUUGACAAGGUCUUUUGUUGGAGGAGUCCUAUAAAGUGCCAGAUGUAUUUAUGUAACGAAUAUGAAUGUUUUUUAAAACCAACCCAAGCCUUCCCAGAAACUCAUGCUCUUUUUCUAGCUACUUAUAACUCAUGAUGUAACAUGGUAACAAAGGCUAUUAUUAAAAGUUGACCUUUCCAUACGUA